CUCCCUCUUACAUUAGAGCUUCCCAUCUUUCGCUUGCAUCGCACACGCUUUGACAGUGUUAAAUGAAGGCGCUCAUCAUGGCAGUUUUGGCGCACCUGUACCUAGCUGUGGUUUUCGCUUGCGCGUGGAUGUCACUGUUCGGACCGAUUUCAUGUCACACCGGCGUUAUAAACCAGAGAGACGUACUGGACCGAGGGCUUGACAUCCGCGGUGGGCAUGCCAAUGGCAGAGAUGAAGCGCUUAUCUCAGCGCACAGCCGCGGAGAUUACAGCGGGGACCCCGGCGGACCGGUCAUGGGAGUUCCCCGAGUCCGGAGGGCAUCGACUCCGGAGAAAGUCUCUCUACUCAGCAGCUCUUUCGUCCUUAAAGGGGAUGCCGCCCACAACCAGGCAAUGGUCCACUGGACGGGUGAAAAUAGCAGCGUCAUCCUCAUUCUCACUAAAUAUUACCAUGCAGACUCCAACAAAGUUCUUGAGAGUUCCCUUUGGAGAUCAAGUGAUUAUGGGUCAACCUACACCAAGCUCAACCUGAUGCCUGGGACAACCAUCAUAGUCACAAACUUCUACAUCUGUCCCACCAAUAAGAAAAAGGUGAUCUUGGUGAGCUCCAGCAUCAAUGAGCGGGACCAGAUGCUCUUCAUCAGCACAGAUGAGGGUUCAUCCUUCCAACGGCAGCCUGUCUCCUUCACUGUAGAUACCCUCCUCUUCCAUCCAUCUGAGGAAGACAAACUUCUGGCUUACAGCAAGGAGGCGAAGCUGUAUAUCUCCACCGAUCUGGGUCACAAAUGGACUCUGCUACAGGAGCGUGUUACUAAAGACAGAGUUUUCUGGGCCGUGACAGGGGUGGAUGUGGAUCCUGAUCUGGUUCAUAUGGAGAUUCAAGACAUCAGUGGUGGAUACCUUUAUGUUACAUGUCUCAUACAAAAUUGCUCUGAUAAAAUGGUGACAGCACAGUUCUUGGGGAAGAUUGACCACAAUUCCCUCUCAGUGCAAGAUGAACACAUAUUUGUGAAGGUAUCUACAGGAAAUCGAACCAAGUAUUAUGUCUCAUACCGAAGAAAUGAAUUUGUUCAGAUGAGAUUCCCUAAAUAUGCCCUACCAAAGGAUGUGCAAAUUGUGAGUACAGACGAGAAUCAGGUAUUCCUGGCUCUGCAGGAAUGGUAUCAGACAGACACGUACAACCUCUACCAGUCGGAUCCACAAGGAGUCUAUUACUCCAUUGUGUUGGAGAACGUCCGCAGCACCAAUCAGCCUGAAGAGAAUGUCCUCAUCGACAUUCUAGAGGUUCGUGGCAUCAAGGGCGUAUUCUUAGCCAAUCAAAAGGUAGAUGGAAAAGUAAUGACUCUCAUCACCUACAACAAAGGCAGAGACUGGGAACCACUGGCUCCUCCCACAACUGAUAUGAAUGGCAAACCUGUCAGUUGCAAGCAGCCUGACUGUCACCUCCAUCUCCACUUGCGGUGGGCUGACAACCCGUAUGUAUCUGGAACGGUCCACACUAAAGAUUCUGCCCCAGGCCUCAUAAUGGGUGCAGGUAAUCUUGGGUCUCAGCUGGUUGAAUAUAAAGAGGAGAUGUACAUCACCUCAGACUGUGGCAAGACCUGGAGACAGGUUUUUGAAGAAGAGCAUCACAUUCUUUAUCUGGAUCAUGGCGGGGUCAUUGUGGCCAUUAAGGACACCUCAAUCCCUUUAAAAAUACUCAAAUUCAGCAUAGAUGAAGGACAAACAUGGAGCAUCCACAACUUCACCAGCACUUCUGUGUUUGUGGAUGGACUUCUGAGUGAACCUGGAGAUGAGACACUGGUUAUGACGGUAUUUGGCCACAUAAGUUACCGUUCAGAUUGGGAGCUGGUGAAGGUGGAUUUCCGAAAGUCAUUUCCCAGACAGUGCACAGAAGCUGAUUAUGACUCCUGGAAACUCACUGACCUUCAGGGAGAGAAAUGCAUCAUGGGCCAGGAACGAGUGUACAGGAGGAGGAAAGAGUCAUCGUUCUGCAUUAAAGGGAAGAGCUAUACAUCAGCUUUAACAGCUAAACCUUGCCAGUGCACAGAGAAAGACUUUGCCUGUGACUAUGGCUUUGAGCGUGCUCCCAGCCUCAGGUUAGAGGGGGAUCGCUGUUAUCCUGAUUUCUGGCAUGAUCCUGACGCUCCACCUGAAAACUGCCAUUUAGGACACAGCUACAAGUCCAGCACAGGUUACCGGAAGGUCAUCGCUAAUGUUUGUGAGGGUGGCUUGAAUAAAGAACAGAGCGCAAAGCAGCAUUCUUGCCCUUUGCUGGCCCCUAAAGGCCUUCAGCUGGCCAUCAAAGGACAGAUGCUGGCCGUGGCACCUGGUGAUGACAUCACCUUCAUAGUCCAUCAGGAACAGGGUGACACCACCAGCACCAGAUAUCAGGUCGAUCUAAUGGACGGUGUCAGGGCUAUAUACGAAAACCUGACAGUCACAGAUGAACCCAUUCAGCACCGUUAUGAGAAGCCAGGUGUUUACCGUGUCAAUGUGAAGGCUGAAAACUCUGCUGGACAUGACCAAGCCACACUUUACAUCCAGGUCACAGCUCCUCUUCAAGAUGUCCAUCUGGAGGUGGUCCCAAUCGCUGGCAGACAUCAAGAAGUAAAUCUCACAGCUAUAGUGCUGCCCACUGAGGCAAACCUUACAGUGUUUUACUGGUGGAUUGGAGAUAACCUUCAGCCAAAGCUGACUCUGGAGAAUAGUCUGAUUGCAAGGUUCUCUGAGGAGGGGGAAGUUCCUGUGACGGUUCAGGCUUCUAAUGGUCGAUCCAUGGUACAGGACAGCAAGACUGUCAUUGUCUAUGAUCAAUUCCAGGUCAUCCCAUUGAGUUUCAGUCGUAAUUUGGAUCGCUUUAACCCAAACAUCCCUGAAUGGAGACAAGAUGUGGGACAAGUCGUAUCCAAGAUUAUCGCUAAGCUCACCGGGGUUCCUCAGGAUUCUUUGGUUACCAUGGUGAAGCCCGGUCUUCCCACCACUGCAGACCUGUAUGUUCUUCCUCAAGAGAGCACACCAGUAAAGAGAAGUGUGUUUGUGGAUAAGCGUGUUCCCAGCAUAAAGCAGAUUCUGAGUGAGAACAACGUGAGCUUCAUUGUGAGAGGAGGGUUAAGAGUAUUGGUGACUCUGGCAGACUCAGAUAGAGGCUCUCGUCUGGCUGCAGCAGGUCCAGGUGUUUGGGCUCUAGCUGUCUUUCUCCUCGUCAGUCUGAUCUCUGCCGCAGCAUUCAUACUCUUCAAAUUUAAAAGGAAAAACUACAAAAACCAUGGUUCCUUGCUGAGGCCAGAGGAGAGCAGCCUAACGCGUCCCUGGCUGCGUUUCAGAAAACUGCCAGGACGAAACGUCUAUGCCCAGAUGCACAAUGAGAAGGAGCAGGAAAUGACCAGCCCUGUCAAUCACAGUGAGGACACACAGAAUAUCAUUCAAGGCGAGGAGUUCAUCGAUGAUGACCUUGACUCACAGACACUAGGCAACCACUCAGGAGUGGUGUUGAGCAUAAAUUCAAGGGAGCUGCACAGUUACCUGACCAGCUGAUGACCAAUGUGAAGGUGCCAGUGACGAGCACAAUAGACUAUGCCUUCCUCCUCUCUUACAGGAGAGAGAUCAGAGACGCGCCUGCACCAAACCUUCUGCUCCUCUCUCUGUCUCCUCUCUGUCUUUGUUCCCUCAUUCCAGGAGGUGGAGUUUGUACCCUUCACUGAUGAUCACAUACGCUCGCGUACAUUUUCAAGUCCGUUGAUCUUUGCACCCUGCCGUCUGUCUCAUCCCUGUCCACCUUCUCUCUGAUUUCUUCUCAUUAUUGCUCUUAUCACAGAAGCAUCAAAUCAGCCCCACUUACUGAUUCCCAGGGAGAAACUCAUUGACAAAUGCUUUAUUUUCCAUCUUUUGUUUGUUUUGUGCCUCUCCUGUGUUUUGUCUUUCAGUCUGAAUAGUGUUUUGACGCUCUUAGGCCAUGGAGGUGCUGUGGUCAUUGUAAAAUUCAGACUAGAUGAAUAGGUGAGUAAAAGUGCUGCAGAUGUGGUGCAGUGCAGGAUACAAUACAAAUUUAAUUCAGGGGAAAUGAUGUUUGUUAGAUGUAGCCAAAGGGAAAACGUUUAAGAUCUCCUGUCACCCUCCUUUUGUUUUGUAUUGUAAAUGUCUUUGAAAUCAAUUUUAGCUGAACCCAUCAAUUUUCAUAUGCAAUAACACAUGACAUCUCUAGCUUCAAUCACUAGCUCUAUUCUUUUGCCCAGUUUCAUGAUUAUGCUGUGCAGUAAAGUCAAGUAGUUUUUGUCCAUGUCUGAUGCUGCAUUAUCUCAGUGAUGUUUUUCUUUUCCCAUUCCACAUCAGUAUCGAUGGUGCAAUUAAUAAUGGUGACAAUGAUGUAAAACGUAUUAACAUUGAUCACACUGACCCAAGAAAUGCAAACAAGCUUGGUCUGUUUUAUUGCAAAAUAUGAUAUUACAGUACCUUUCCCACUACUGCCAAAUCAGCACAGCUGGAAGCUUCUUGGUGUUCCUGGAAAACCUGCACCAGUUAUCAGGAUCAUCGCUUAAAUUCACAACUCCCGGGACGUCUUUUUGUGGGGUGUCCUCAGGAUAGGGCCUGGGACAUUUACUGUUUGCCCCUUGAGCCUUAUUCCAGUCUGUUUUCUUCAAGAACUACAUUGCCAAAUUUUCAUGUUUCAGAUUAUAGUCCAUCUUCUAAAGUAUCUUUACUGCAUAAUUAAACAAUAUCCCCUAGCGAAUCAAAUUCCAUCAUUCAUCAUGUCAAAAUCCUUAGUGAAAGCUAGCUAAAUUCACAUUCUCCUUUAUUUAGAUUUCCUCACAAGCAUCAGCCAUUAGAUCUUGACACUCAACACAGGAUGAUGCACAGCAUAGCAAGUGCUACCUGUCAGGUGUAGUGUGUGUAUAAGCCUAUAUUAGGCACAGAAGGACACGGUUACGUCCCUUUCGUUUGGUUUGUAUUGUGUAUAUAUAAUGUGUACAUAGAACCUUCUGUAUAUAGACCCUCCUAAAUAUGACACUUUCUAUAUGACCAAAAUGUGCACUGAUUUCUCCCAAAUGCCUCGUACUGGGUUUUCUUGAAUUCAGGAGUUCUACAUGGACAUGAUUUGAUUACUUCUGCUUCUUUGUCUUCAUUCAGCAUUGUAUACUGAAGGAUAUUCUUAAUAUUUCACACUAGUUAUAACAUUCACACUCAUACUACUACAGAACUCUGUCUUUGUGUGCAUUCCAAUAUAUAUAUAUAUAUAUAUAUAUAUAUAUAUAUAUAUAUAUAUUUUUUUUUUUUACAUUUUAAGGGUUCUGCUGUUUGCAUCUCGCUGUAGAAAUGACUAGUGUUUUAUGGAUGUGAAUGGAUGAGGGUUUCUCACUUGAACUAAUCACAGUUCAUAGCUUGUGAACUUUAUAGCUCGUCAUAGCGUGAUGUUCAGGUGGGUUCAGGGAAUACUUCAUUUUCAGCUGAGAAAGACACUGUGUAUGUUACUUCAUUCUACAUGAGAGAGAAUGGGUUCAAUUGGAAGUAGGGUAACCGUAUGUGCUCUUUUUCCCAGACAUGUCCUGGCCUGGGAUUUCUCAAUUAAAAUGCCUGCUUCUUUGUUUUCCUAUUGCUGUCAUACUUGCUCAAAGUAAUGACUAAAAAGUAGUGGUGCAGGCAUUGGACAUAAGGACCAGUUGUGGUGUGCGAGAAAGUGGGAUCUACAGAGAAGUCAAAACAAUGCAAAUAUGCUUACACAGGAUGUAUGAGGCCUGUAGAGAGCGUCAAAUGGAAAAUAAAGUAAAAACACAGAAAUUUUCAACAGUUUAGAAAUGGAAAAUGGGCAAAAGAUAAAAAAAAAAUGUAAUAAUAGGAUGUACCGUCAACCCUAUGGGAGGGAAGACUUGACCAAACAUAGUUUGCAGGCUCACUGUCUCUUGAACACAUUCUGUUGCAGUCUUUCCAAGUUUGAUUCAAACAUUCAACUCUGUUUUAUGACCGUCUUGAGUCUAUAAAUUCUCUCAGCAUACACCAAAAAGAUUUACAUGUACCAGUUUAUGCUUACUGUAUGUAUAUCAAUAACACAGACCUGUUGAUUUCUAACAGCAUUGCACCAGAAGCUGAACUUUUUUUUAAAACCUGUAUAUGCACAGUUAUAUAGUAGUGUGUCAUUUGUAUUUUUAUUUCCAUCCAUGAAGCGAUAAUGCAGAAACGCUUGAGUGUAAUUGAUGAGACAUCUUCCACUAAGAGACGUUUCUGUGCAAGUUUACCUUUGUGAUGGCACACUCCUGCAACAAGGACACUUGUAUACACACCUGGAUCCUUUUUGAAAUUCAGUCUCAAAUGUGGUGGAGAGACACAGUUGAACUGAUGCUAUAUUAUUAUUAUAAUUAUUAUUUUUUUUGUUCUUGUUUCUUUAUAAUGUAAAUGUUUUUGACUCCACCGCAACAAGUGAAAAGCACUUAAUCAGCGCGUCUGAAUUCAAAUACACUAACUGUAAAGGUUUGUUUUGUUAGUUUGAACUGUUCAAUAAAGUUUUAAUAUUAUUCA